UCAUUGGCUGGAGAGGGCUAAUGUACCUACCAAUCCCCAGAUCAUUCUUGUUCCAAGUGUCCGCAUUUCAACAUGGCAGCCGUGGAUGUCAUCGUGGACAACUUUGCUGCACUUUGGAGUAAACCUUUUAACCGUGUUAUAUUGGCUUGGAUUUUUUUUGCUAUUUCAAUAGUGGGAUCCUUUGUAAAUUGGACACAGCUCGUUCCGGAGACAUAUUUCAGCAACAGAAGAAAUAUUGUCAACAUGUAUUUUGUCAAAGUUUCCUGGGGCUGGUCCUUGCUGCUGUUGACCCCGUUCAUCCUCUUCACGUCAUACAAGAACUUGACCUUUGCCCUCCGGCGACUGAGCUCAUUGGUGGUGGCCACAGCCGUUUGGUACACCAUCACCAAGGUUUUUUCCUACAUCAACAAUGCCACAGGUACCUGUCACGUUCCUGAAUCUGAAGCCAUGGAUCAAGUCCCUCAUGAUGACAUCACCUCAUGCAGGAAUGCUGGGGGUCAAUGGGACGGCUUUGCCAUCUCAGGACACUCGUUCAUUCUGUCGUACUCUGCACUCAUCAUUGCCGAAGAAAUGGCACCUAUGGUGCACCUGGUGAAGAAGAACAGGAAUACUGUUUUGGAUUUGUUAUAUGUUUCCCUUAAUUGGAUAGUAAUCACCUGGAUAUGGAUGUUUGUGUGUACCUCGGUGUACUUUCAUUCUUUCCCUGAGAAGCUUCUCGGGACAGUUUUGGGGAUUGUGCCAUGGUUUGUCACAUAUCGGAUAUGGUAUUCAAUGCCCUUCUCUCCUGGUCUCCCAUAUCAGCCAAAAGAGCAGAGACAACUAGCUUAAAACCAGCACUACUUAGCACUAGGCUAGACCUCCUACUCUCCUAAUGUAUUGGCUCUGUAACAUGUUUGACUGCCACCUUCAAAACACUCACGUUAAAAACAUUGACAUUCUUCUCACGUUCCAAGUUGACUGUUGGUAUUUAAAGAUUUUUUUCUUUCCUUCAGAAAGGUCAUUGGACAGGGGGCCAGGGUUGGUUUGCACACGCGGGUCUCGACUCCCUGUGUGCCUGUAGGCAUCUAGUGUUCUUAAAAUGACACUGAUGUCAUCUGAGAUCAGUGCAGUGCAUGGCGUUGAUGCCUAGGCCUAUCCACUAGCUAGUCGUCCCCAGGGUUGGGGUCAAUUUCAUUUCAAUGUAAGCAGUAAAUGGACUUUUUUUAAGAUAAAGGUGUGCACCCCAACAUAAAGAAAAAUGAAUUCACCACAACUCUGGGGGUCGUGCUAAUUUUUUGGAAUACUUCAUCUUUUAAAGCCAAUGUUGUUGUGAAAGCCUUUGCACUAUGUGUAUGUAUGGUUGGAGAGUGUCAUUUUAGUGUUAGUUCAUUUUCAGUUUGUUUUCAAUUCUCAUUAUUUUAUUUGUGUGGAAAUGUAUAUUGGAGAGAAAUAUAUAAAGUAAUCAAUUUUAGUGGCAAAUGUAGUGGUGAACACUUGAGAAUGUUUACAAUUAAAUAAGUAAAUAAGGUAUUUUAAUUUUUUUGUGCUUUGCCAACUCAUUUUUUUGUAACACAAACCCUCCAAAUAGAAAUGAGAUCCGUUCUUAUGAGGUUGUCCCACCUCGCUAUCUUAAGAUGAAUGUACUAACUGUAAGUCGCUCUGGAUAAGAUGCUAAAUGACUAAAAUGUAAAUGCCAAAUGUCUUAAAUGGCCAGCCGUUCUCAAUCAACAUUGUGUUUUAGUCAUAAGGUUUACAUAGCCAGACAAAAUUAUAUUCUAACUUUUUUUUUUUUUUUUUUUUUUUUUUUUACAUCAUUAAGGACAACAUGCAAUUAUUUCCAGAACCAAAAGGUUCUAUUUAUAUUAUGGCUACUACUAGCUGUAGGCCUAUCUGUUUAUUCUCAGCACUACCAAGGGAAUAUUCAGCAUGAUGUGCAAGUAAAAUGAAAGGUUUUUUUUAUAGGUUGCCUGACAAUGCAUUAUAACACUUCAUAACCAGGAGAAUUGUCUGUUUUGCUUAGCAUUGCGAAAAGCCAUAUAGUACAAAAUAAGAGAACAUGCAUUACAUUCAAUCAUGUUGAAAUAACAAUUCUGUAAACUGCAAGUUAUGUUUUUCAUUUUCAGAAUUUAUUUUUCCUUGAUGACAACUGAAUAAAUGAAGGCUUAUGAACAGACAUCAUCAAAAGCACUAAAUAAAUGCAUAUUUAUAAAUAUAAAAAA